AUGAUUAUCUUGCUGUUGUGCUGGACAUUCACCAUCCAGCAGGACGUGGAAUGGCUCGAGUACUUUGCAGGCACAGGAAACCUGACCAGGGUCAUGACAGCAGCCCAGUACAAGAGUUUUCGGUUUGACAUAUUGGAUAACAACCGUCCUGCCAAUCGGCGAUCUAACUUCAUGGAUUUGACGGAAGCCAGCGGAUUUGCGUUGGCAACACUAUGGCUGUUACGUGCAGUGGAAGAUAACUUUGCACUGCACCUUGGGUUGAAAUGCAGCUCGUUCAGCAAGAUGAACGUCGGAACAAGCAGCCGUUCAGCCUGCACAUCGAUUGGCUGGGAGAAGUUUGCUUCGGUGCUGAUCGGAAACUGCUUACUAGAGAGGAGUUGCCUACUCAUCUUGCUGGCGACGGCACUUGGUGGUUGCUGGAGCUUGGAGCAGCCGGGUGGGGCUUUGACAGAGUUUUAUCCAACCUUCAGACACACUAUCCAGUCCAUCUUCCAGAAUGGUGGCCCAACUGCUGUGCAAUGCGUUCGUUGGUGGAUGGGGCAUUACAAUUCCAGUACCCCUAAGCGACACUACGCCUACAGCAACAGCACAUCAGUCCUGAAGAUUGACAAAGGUGUUCUUCAGGGAUGGAAACGCAAAGGCAAGAAGAAGGUUACCACCGCAGAGCGGUAUGUGGAUGCCUCUGGUCGCAAAAGAUAUAAGGGUACUUCAAAGCUACGAGGUACGGAGGUGUAUCCCAUGCCGUUUGCCCGGGAGUUCUGCGACCUUGUGGAAGAGCUCAAGUCGAACGUGCAGGGGAAACCUCAGCUGCCCGAUCCCAUCCCUUCAGCUUUGGAAACCUUUCACCAUGGUUUCGAGUUGGCAAACCCUGAGUUGUAUCGCCAAGUGAACCUAGCAAGUGUUUACAAUUAUUUGAGGCGAAGCAAACAGCUUCGAAUCCCUCAUGAUUGGCUGCCAUUCAUGCCAGAACAGCUAUGA